AUGGAGGUCGAGCUCCCGCCGCGGGUGCCGUCCCCUCCGGCGCAAGCUCCCUCAGACGCCUCGCCAGUUGGCGUCACCAUCAUCACCGGCUACCUCGGGGCCGGCAAGUCGACGUUAGUCAACUACAUUUUGAAUGAACAACAUGGGAAGAGAAUUGCCGUGAUACUAAACGAGUUUGGAGAGGAAAUUGGGGUCGAGAGGGCGAUGAUCAAUGAGGGACAAGGUGGUGCACUUGUCGAGGAAUGGGUGGAGCUGGCCAAUGGAUGUGUCUGUUGCUCUGUAAAACACAGUCUGGUUCAAGCACUUGAGCAGCUUGUGCAGAGGAAGGAUAGAAUGGAUCAUAUAUUACUUGAGACAACGGGAUUGGCCGAUCCUGCUCCACUUGUUUUUGUUCUUUGGCUAGACGAUCAAUUGGAGUCCUCAAUUAGACUGGAUUCUAUUAUUACGGUUAUUGAUGCAAAAAACUUCAGGGUUCAAAUUGAUGAGCACAAAAACUCUUCCUCGUUCCCUGAAGCAUUUCAUCAAAUUGCAUUUGCGGUUGACUUGAAUGAAGUAUUUAACCGGCAAGCAUAUGGUGCCAAGAAUUCAUCUCAUCUGCAAGAACUGCUGGACUAUAGUAAAUCAGUGCCACCUCGUCGCCGCAUCAUGAUAACAGUAUUUCCACCUUGUGCAUCUAUGAGCAGGAUUCUGUUAACUUGGCUAAGGUGGAGUCUUGGCUUGAAGAUCUUCUUUGGGAAAAGAAAUCUAGGAUUGUCAGUACUGAUUUCUGAUUUUGCCCUUAUGCAGGCAGUGAGGGAAGUCUAUGAAGUUGUGCCGGCUCGGAAAUGGUCUGAGACAGAGUCUCACAUGAACAAGAUAGUUGUCAUAGGCCGCAAUUUGGAUAUCAAUGUUCUUCAAGAUUCUUUUAGUGGUUGCAAGAGCUGA